AUGCAAGUCAAAAGAAAAAAGUUGGGAAUUGGAGUCAAAGAAAAAGUUGAUACCAAGAUAAGGUAUUAUAACAAUAUUGAUCAAAUUCAAACUGAAAAAGGUUCUAACAAUUUCUGGAAAAUAUUUAUCAUCUUAUUUAUCAUCUUGAUUGUAAUAAUUUUAUCUAUAACGUACUAUCGUUAUAUAUACAGACAAGUUAUUUCUAUUUUCCAAAGGUUCAUUAUAUUUGUAAUAUGUAUAUAUAUGUAGCAUGUUAUUUAUUGAUAAUAUGUUAAUAUUACUUUCAUAAAGCUUAAUUCGAGGAAAUAAAGCCAAUGAUGAUGAUAAUUCAUUUAUAAUAAAAGAAAGAAAAAAUAGUUCCGCAAAACAACGAUUUUUAAGAAAUAAUAUAUGUAAUUUUUCAAAAUUUCGUAUGAAAAACGAUAGUCAAAAAAUCAAACAAUAUGAAAAGAGAUGUAAAUUGAAAACCCUUUUACAGGAAAAGAAAAAAUUACUUGCUCCGUGUGAAAAUAAAUUAGAAACUUCUACUAACAAUAUAGAUUUAACAAAACAAUUAUCUUUGAAAAUGUCUUUCUCAUCACUUCAUAUUAAGGAUGUACCUAAGUCGAUAUCAAAUAAAUGGGAUAUUAAAGAUCCUGAAAAUUUUGAAACUAGUGAAUUAAGUACUCAAAACAUAAACAGUAUUUAUAGAAACUCAUAUCAGAAUGACAAAAGUAUUUGCUUCUCAGAUACAGAUCUUAAGUUUUUAAUAAUACCAUUAUCUUCAAAAAAAUCAGAUUCACUAAACGAUGACAUAUUACUAUGCAAAUGGGAUUCAGAAAAUAUUAACAACUCUAGAAGACAAAAUAAUGUCAGUUCUAAACUGAUAGAACUUAAAUUUGAAGAUACUGAUUCACUUAAUGACAAUAAACAGAAAUACAAAAUUUCUACUGUUAAAUCAACCAAUUCUUUAUUAGCUAAAAAUUUAGCCACUGAUUCAAAAUAUUUCUCAGAUUCUGCAGCUAAUAAGUUGGAUACUUUAUCAAAUGCGUUUCUUAACAAAUUAAAAAGGUCAACCAAUUCUUGCAUUAAUUCCACAUUAUCAGACGUGUCUAACACAAUUAAAAUAACAAAUAACCAAAUCUUAAGUAUAAACUCAAAAACAAACAAUAUUUCCACAUGUAUCACAGAUAAAACUAAUGGAGCUAAAAAAGACAAAUUGAAAGAAUUAAAAUCAGAAAUAAAUUUAACUGAUGCACAUUUUAAAAAAAUACAAGAAAAGAUGAAGUCAUCUAUAGACAUUUUAAGAUGUAAUAUAAAAGAAGCUCAAAAUUAUAGGAAAAUAUCAAACUCUAAUGAGAAUUGCAUCCAUACUUUAUUAGUAAAGACUGAUACCUUUAGAAAUUAUAUCGCAGAACCAACUGCAUCUGAAAAAUUAGUUUCUAAUAAUAAUAAUAGUUUUAUUUUAUCAGAUAAUAAGUCAGAAAUAUGCGAAAUCUAUGAUGAAUUGGGAAUAUUAUUCUCCCAGUAUUUAAAACUUCAAACUCGGCCAUGUCAAAGAAAGUAUUGUUCUUUAAAGAGAUAUUUAAAACAAAAGAUACAACAUACUACAAAGAAAUGUCAAACCAGAUUUAAUUAUCAACAUGUAUAUCCUUAUGAUCAAAGGCCAGCAUGCAAUAGUGGAAAUGUAUGUAUAGAUACAUAUGAUGAAUUGAAGUUGAUGUACAAAUCUUCAACUGAAAGAAAGAAUAUUUACCAACGUAUGUUUAAAAGAAGAAAGCAUUUUUUAAAUCAACCAUGUAUUUUAUCUAAUCAGAAUUUUGCAAUAACUGAGUGAAAUUAUAAUUAGAAUAAAUUUAAACAAUCACUAGUUUUUGUGUAAUGGUAGAAAAAAUAAACAGCAUAUGUUUAAGAAUUUAGUUUAUUUUAUCAAUUACAUACGUUCGCUUCUUUUUACUUCUUUUACUUGAAGACCUAAAAUAAAAGUAUAAUACAAUUAUAUAUCAUUCUAAUUUUUCAUCAAUAUGUUUUGUCUAAAUAAAUAAAUACCUGGAGGUAAAGAUUGCUUCAAUUUUUCUGCCUUUUCUUUGUCGGUGAUGACAAGAGUAUAUAAAAAUCGUGAACAUCGAACCUUGAACUUAACAUUGUCAGUAUUCUUCUUGAUUUUUACAGCUAAAUUAUCAGAACAAAUAUAAGUAUAUUAUAUUAUAAAAACAGUAAAGAAAAACUUUAUAUCUUAAAUACCCACAUUUUGCAUCUUUCCUUCUGGCCUUUAGGAGGAAAUCUUUGAUUUCCUUGAUUUCUCUAGGCUAAAAAAAGCAUUAUACAUUGCAUCAUUUAUGUUAGAUUUAUAUACAUUGAGGUUAUGUCAUUCCAAUUUAAUGCAUUUUUAAUAUACCUAAUAUACAAUAUAUUAUUCUACAUGGUAAAAUAAUAUAAGAAAUUAGAUCAAUUGUAAUUAUAAAUUACAAUAAAUUUAUAUUAACAACAAAUAUUUAAUACUCACCAUAAUGAAUAAAAGUUGAGUACAACUAGAAUCGCCUAGAACAGACAAGAAAAAUGUCUAUCACUAAAUUCCAGAAAUUUCUCUUCUUAAAAAUAUAAAUAAAAUAUUUAUAUUUAUGCUAGAUAGAAACAAUAUAUACUUAAAUAAGAAGAAGAUUUUUAAUGAAGAAUUAGAUUUUGAAAGAUUAUUAUGCAGAAAAAUGGUACGAACCUUGUAAGUUGUAACCGGAAAAAGAAUAUUCUUCUAUGAAACUGUGUCAAAUCAGCAAUUUACAGUUGAAAUUAAAAAUAUAAUAAAUAUUAAUAAUUAAAAUAAUUUAAAUUAUCAAUAAUUUUUAAUAUAUUACGUAAUAUUUUAUUAUCGUUAUUAAUUUGUGCAAUAUUAUGAAAAUACAUCUUCAUAACAUGUAUUUAUACUUAUUUGCAUACACUGUUUUAAAGAUUAUUGUACUUAGUAGUAUUUCUUUUAAUAAUCUAACAUGUCAAUAUUAAUAUUGAUAUUAAUAUUGAAUAGUUUUGAAAAAAUAAAAUAAAAAAUAUUAAAUCAAAUUAAUUUUUAACUUUUAAAAUAACACACAGUUAAAUACAAUUAUUUAUUUUUUUUCCUUGAUAUUAUAUUAUUGUUUAGUACACAAUUAUUAGAGCUGUCU